AUGACCACCCAGCCGGAGAGCGCCUUCUUGGCCAAACUUCCCCUGGAGAUCCGAUGCCAGAUCUACGAGCUAGUUUUCGGAGACAAGAUUAUUGCAAUCCUACCCCGGGACCGCUACGCAACGAAAAUCUACCACUACCUUUGCCACGCCAAAGGUCACGCAUUCCACUGGUUCGUCUGGAUUUCGGGGGAUGGGAAUGAGUCCCCGGGGGUUUAUUGUCGGGCGCAUGAGAAUAAUCCAGUCAGCAAUCAGCUCCUCCCACUGCUUCUAACCUGUCACCAAACGUACUCCGAGGCCGUCGAUGUCCUCUGGUCCACCAACCCAAUCCACAUUCAACCCUCAAACGCAGCAGGCCUAGCGGUCCUUUCUGCUCUGCAAGCCACCAUACCGGCUCGCAGCUUCCAUUCAAUCCGCUGCCUUGAAAUCUCGUUCUUACAUGGAGCGGUCACGCGCGUUCCUCAAAUCCUUGACGAGGACUGGUUCUGCAAGUGGGAAAGCAUGUGGGACGUUAUCAAGACGAUGAAAGGCCUCGUCCGGAUUAAUGCCUGGCUGAAGAUGGACCAAAGGGACAAGGAGCGAGGAUUGGAUGGGUUAAACCCCAGGGAAAAGCUCCUGCGGCAGCUGGACCAGAUAGCAAACGGGAAUCGCAUGACGGCCGACCAGGAGGCUAGGCUGUUUGCGCCGCUCAUGGACUUGACCUGGCUUAGAGAGUUCACGGUGGAAGUGACCUGGGCGGCAAAUGAGGGUUCCGAGAACUUCCUUAGCCGUGCCCCGUUUCAGCUUACGAGGAAUAAUGACCCUAUACCUGGGAAGCCUGGGAUGGGGAUUGAGAUAAUCAAUGGCGAACUGGUGGGGGAAUAA